AUGUUAAAAAAAUGGCGGCAAACAAGCGAAAUUGUUAAAUCUAGUCAGUCCUUGCAACGAAAUUUGAAAAAUGAUAAAUGGGAUAAAGGUCGAAUUCCAUCCGGUUAUUCUUAUGGUGCCAAUGGAAAAUUAAAUGGAGAGGCUCAAAAAGCAAUUAAGGUCAAAGAUAAUGGAAUAAUGGACAGACACGUUAAUCUGCAUAAUCGGUCCAAUUUUCAUUUGUGUCCUUUUUUGGUGCCCGAGGUCAGGCAACUAGAAACGAUAGGAAAAAACCUAGAACAUACCCUAGAACGUAUCGAAACCACGGCAGAAACUAAAAUGCUCGGAUGGAUAUUGAAUAAAAUAUGUCAACAAAAGAAGAAUAACGAACUACAGUUGAUCACAAAACUUAGACAAUUCCUUAAAUAA